UGAUAUCGUUUAACGUACCUAUUUCCAUAUUGUUUGUUUCAGGUUGAUAUUGAAGUAAAUGGCGAGCCAUUAGAUAUUCACAUGAAACUUGGUGAAAGCGGCGAAGCCUUCUUUGUUGAAGAAAUAGAAGAUGAUCAGAAUGAAGAAAUACCCGAUCACCUCGCCACUUCGCCCAUUCACGUUUCGGAAUUUGAAAGCAUGUACAAACAGGGUAGAAGACGUAGCUUUGACGUUUCUAAGUUGGAACUGGAAAAUCAAGAAAAUGAUUAUACCAAAAGGAGAAACACUGCAGACAAUGACGAUAACAAAAUUCGCGAGAAGAACUUUAUCAAGCGUCACAUUGAAUUAGGUAACAUUGAUGUCGAGAACUCUGAAGACAUGACCUUAUCAGUAACUUCCGCGAAACACAGUAGUGAUGACUUAAGUAAAAGUCAGAAUGACGUCAGUGAGACUAUUUUCAAGAUGGAUAGCUUGGAUUUAGAAAGCAGCAGGGCUGACGAACCAAAGUCGGAAAUACUUCAAACUACACCAUCGCAUCCGAAGAUGUUAGACGAUGUUUCUUUGACGGACAGCAAAAGUAGUAAGAAACGCCGUAAAAGGGUCAGAAGAAAGAACACUCCAAAGAAGUCGAACAGUGUAAAUCAGCUUUUAGCUCAAGCUGGUGAAAAUACAGAGACGAAUGAUACUAUUACUGAUAAAAGUUCAAUGGAUAGCAAUAGUUCCGAUCAGGAAGUUAAAGAAUUUCAGAAAGAAAUCAAGGAAGACCAAAGACAAAUGGUGGAUACUGCGAACAUCAAAAAGAUUGACGCAGAUUUUCAUUUCUUCAGCGAUACGGAACUCACCAAUAACGGGAACAAUGAUUCAAGGACGGGCUCUCCAGUGAACGUAGAAAGUGUACAGUCAGAUUCGGAGUUCGAAGUUAAAGUUAGAAAAGAAGAUCAGAUGGAAGGCGGUAAAAGCUGGGAGUGGGGACGUUUUCCUAAUGUUUCUCAGUUCCCAUCUCAUACCAGCGAAAACCCUAGACAAGAAGAAAGAAAGUCUAUGCUAAGCGGAAUGUUUUCUUUCAUGAAACAGAAACAUGGGUCUGGACAAUCUAAUUUGGAAGAUGGCGUAUAUCUUUCUGAUAUAUUGUCAGGAGGUAUUGAUCAAGAAGUAGCAGAGAUAUAUUUCAAUAAAACCAAACAAAAAAGAGACGUGGAUUGUGAAUCAGGAAAUGGACCUUCGCUGACCCAGAGCCCAAACAGCCCCGAGGGUUGCAAGAGUAUUGAUUCGGAUUUUGAAGAACAACUCAAAUUACAUUCCCUAUCUCAAGAUAUUUCACUCUCAAUGUGUGGCUGGGAUCCACCACUACCAAACACAAAUAGGUUUCUCGAACACGUAGUAAAAUUCAGCGAUCUAUGCAACAACCCUUUUAUGUUCGAAGAUCCAAAUUUGGUUGUUAGGAUCAAGGAUAAAUACUAUACAUGGAAGGUGGCAGCUCCUAUCAUUGCAAGUAUCGUCAUUUAUGGAAGACCUUUACUACAAUCUUCAGUGGACCAGCUUUGCAAUAUCCAUAUGCCGGCAUCCAUUCAUCAAAAAGAUGCUCAACUCGCUAAAGAUGGAACUAGCAAACAGCAACAAGAAGCUGCCAGAACUUCAUGGUGGAGUUGGGGCCGGGGAAAAACUUCCAGAGAAACAACCCCUGCUCUUGAUAAAGCUAAUCAGGAACUAGGAAAAAGUGUGGAAGGGAGAAAAUUGGAGAAGGAAGAUGCUGGUGCUAAUGCAAUGGCUGUGAAAGGAAGUGAGACACAAGGUGCUGUUAGAGAUAAGAAAGAAGAGACUGUAACAAUUCCUAUAAGUGAUGAGAAUGAUGGAAGCUUAGCCGCUUCGAUAUCUCCACCCAAAUCGACGUCUGAUAAGUAUAGGAAAACGUUAAGACUGACAUCUAAACAAAUUGCUUCGUUGAAUUUGAGGGAUGGGAUGAAUGAACUAGAGUUUAGUGUAACUACUGCUUAUCAAGGCACCACUAGAUGUCAGUGUCAGCUAUAUAAGUGGAAAUGGGAUGAUAAAAUAGUCAUUUCAGACAUUGAUGGAACAAUUACCAAGUCUGAUGUUUUGGGCCACAUACUCCCCAUAGUAGGGAAGGAUUGGGCUCAAUCUGGAGUAGCUCAACUAUUUAACAAAAUUAAGGAUAAUGGUUAUAAGUUGUUGUACCUCUCGGCAAGAGCAAUCGGCCAGGCUAGAAUUACUAGAGAAUAUCUGAAGAGUAUAAAGCAAGGGGAUUUAACAAUGCCAGAUGGACCGAUUUUGUUGAAUCCGACAUCUCUGAUCACCGCUUUCCAUAGGGAGGUUAUUGAGAAAAAACCUGAACAGUUCAAGAUAUCUUGCAUGUCAGACAUCAAGGCUCUCUUUCCACUUGAUUCUAAUCCAUUUUAUGCUGGAUACGGUAAUAGAAUCAACGAUGUCUGGGCUUAUAGAGCGGUAGGAAUACCUAUAGUUAGGAUAUUCACCAUCAAUCCUAAAGGUGAACUCAAACAUGAGUUAACUCAAACUUUCCAGUCAAGCUAUACCAGCCAAUCUUUGGUAGUAGACGAGGUGUUCCCCCCUUUAUGGCAUAAAAUUAAAGAAAAUGAAGAAACAUAUAAGCAUGCAUAUGAUGGAGAUUCAGAUUCUGAAUCUUCGUCAAUAUAAAAUUAGGUCUUUUAAAUUUUAAAUUUAAACGAGUAUUGUUAUAACAAAAACUGUGAUGGCAUAGUAUUGAAAAGUUUUUAGUUUGUAUAGUCGAGUAUCAUGGAUUUCAAGUAAAGAAAUUAUUUUUAUAUUUAAAGGCAAUGAUAUUGAAAAAUGAGGAAAUCAUUUAUAACCAAAUGGUUUCUUGAUUCAUUUCAAGGGGUAUCCAACAGACGUGAUUAUGAAUAACAAAGCGUUGUUCAGCCAUCUAACGGACACACGCGGUUAAUAUCGUGAUGUAUAAAUUUCCAUUAGUAUGAAAAUAUCGAGUUCAUUUGGAUAGGAGUAUCAGAAUACAUUUUUUAAUUAACUAAAAUUGAUAUUCGCCCAAUAUACUGGUUAUUAAUUUAAUACACCAGAGCAGCAGUAAAUGGAUAUAAUCGAAUGAACCUGUUGAAUGCACUUGCGUAUGUCCACUGUACAUAUGGUGAAACACCUUGCACAUUAGUUAAAUUUUCUAUAAAAUAACUACUAACGUAUGUCUUGAUAGAUUUGGUACACAAUUCAUUGGCUUUAAUUUAAUUGAGAUGGGUACACUUUGCCAAUGGAAAAAUCAUUAUUUUAGAUUGCGAAAAGUAUUUCACUUUGAGUAACUCUGAAAUGAAGGGAAACGACGGAUUUUAUAUGGACAACGUAGAGGAAUGCUUUGACAAUGUUAGGUAAAACAUAAAGUGAAAUUUGCAGAUAAAAUCCUUGUCUGGUGCGCAAUUUCUAACAGGGGUGUAUCUCACCUUAUGUGCGAAGAGUGAAUAGUCAGAGCUAUGUUGAUUACUGCCUUUCCAAAUUGAUUCAGUUUGUCUACGAGCAUCACGCUAAUGACCAUAUCAUGUUUAGGCCAGACCAAGCGUCAUGCUAUUACUCGAGAUUCCCAAAACUGGCUUCGACAACACGAUUAUAUAUUCUGUUUCCAAAAACGGCUGCAGGCCUGCCCGAUAGACGAUUUUUGGGCUUUACUGUUUAGGAAGCUUUAUCAUGGAGGCAAAGCCUAAGAUGAAUAACGAUUAAUGGUUUGUUCGUACAGUAGUCGGUAACUUGUCAGUGACUGUCGAAAUCAGAAUCAGAGAGAUUUUACAUGUUCGUACAGUUUCUGACUGUUUGCCGACAGUUAAUCCCCUGUUCGUACAGAACCUUCUGACAGAUCAGAGGACACCAGUCAACCAGUGACAGUGACAGGUAUCAGAGUGUGUCGGAACUAUCUUGAGGGCUAAAAUUGCUUCGCAAGAGGCAUUUAAUGAACUUUUCUCUAAUGGACGGUCGAAGGACACCUUCGUACCAACGGUCCUUUGUCCCGACGGUGUCGAGAUCGUGGAACAAUCUACAUGAGGAGAUUUUCCCAGUUCUACUAACUUUAGGCAGUUCAAAAAUGUGAAUAACAAAGUUUCCUCAAGUUCCUGAAAGCAGCCGCGGUGCCUUGGCAUGUAGGGUUCAUCUGCGCGGCUGCUUCGGUGUAAAAAAAACUGAAACUCGAAAACCUUAAUUUUCUAAAGAAAACAGUGCCACAAUUCAACAGAAACAAGUUUUUGUAACAUUUUCAGGUGAGCAAGUGGCAGAAGAAAUUUUAAUAUAAUUCCAUUUUAAAUAUGAACCAGCGCCAAAGUGCUGUGUGCUCAAUAUUUUGUUUAUUGACCCGGUAGGGGCAAAAUGAAAAUUAUGAAUAUAUUAUGAAAACUCCCAAGAAUAAAGGACAUAACUUUCAAGAACCAUAAUUAAUACGAUUUUUGUAAUCACUAAUCUUUUGAAAAUUUUUGUUACAGUUGCAAAAUGCGUAAUUACGCUAUUUAAGUCUUACUUCUAUGUAUUUUCGUAGUCUCAGUUCUUUUUGUCCAUGUUGAGAACCCUCUGAAACUUAUAGCUAUGUCAGCAGAUCUUGGUAAUUGUACAACAGUAGUUAUGUUCAGCCGUUUUAGCUUUUUAGUGUAUAAGACGUUAUUAAAUACUUGUACUUUCACUUCUUUCUCCUAGUAAGAGUGUGCAUAUACAGAGUGUUUCUAAUUUGGCACUCACCAUUGGGAUCUUGGAAACUUUAAGAGAUACGAAGUCGCUUAAACGAUAGUCAACAAAGUGAUACUUAGAAGGUUUCGAAAUUCAAAGUACUUCCGUAGAGUAACGGAAAAACUGAAUUUUCCCAAAAUUGUUCUGAUUUUUUCCUGACUUUAUUUAUAUUGGGAUUUUAAAAUAAAUUGCACAUUAACAGUGCCACGUUUUCUCCUAUACAAGAAGGCAUAAUCAGAAUUUCUAUAUGACGAUGACGGUUCGUCUCUUGUCCUUGAGCAUCAACUUUAUUAUUUCUUAAGGACGCUAUACUGUUUUUUGCACAGAUGAACAGAGUUUUCAAUUUUGAUUAAAAAAAUGCAUAAUAUGUACGUCAUAAAUUGACGUCGUCAAACCUUGAUUACUUUAAGAAAAACAGAAUUUCUUAGGUAGACCUUGAAAUUAUCAGAUGUUUGUUUCGCUCAUCAGAUUUAUACCAAAACCGCUCUAUUUUUUCCCGACUCUAUUCGAGAUGGGAUUUCAAAAUAAAUUGCAUAUUUUCAUUGUUACUUAUUCUCGUCUGCAAGAUGGCGUAGUCAAAUUUUCAAUUCGACAUUUCUUCUUUCGACUUUCAUCAUCAAUUUUGUUUUUUCAUGCGGACUCUAUAUUGGAAUUUUGUACAUUUAAAUCGACUUUAUAAGCCCUAAAUUCAGUGAUUGUUAGUUGACCAUAAAUUUGGUGUUGGAUGAAAAUUAAAAGGAAAUAAAUAGAUAUGGUGAAACCUGAAUACGAAAUGAAAAUUUUAUUGAUGGUAAUAACAAUAAUAACCAUAAAUAAGCAGAGCUAUUCACAGUCUUCCAAACUCUGUUGCUAUGCAAACAAAUGAAAUCUAAUAAUUUCAGGGCCUAAAUAGGAACUUCUGGAAUAACUAAGGUUUUGCAAUGUCAAUGUAUGACAUACAUUUUUUAAAUCAGAAUAAAAAUUCUAUUCAUGUGUUUAAGAAUCCAGUAUGGCGUCUAUAAGAAGAAAUUAAAUUGAUGCUGGAGGACAAGAGACGAAACGUCACAUUGAAUUUUUAAUUGUGUCAUCUUGUAGAGGAGAACAUGUGGCAGAGUUUAUGUGCAAUUUAUUUUGAAAUCACACCACAAAUAAAGUCAGGAGAAAAUUAAAACCAUUUUGGGAACUUUCGUUUUUACAUCUCUUUUCGGAAGUAUUUUCAAUUUCAAAACUUUCUCAGCGACAUUUUGAUGAUUAUCUGAAUAGGCAACUAAGUGACUUCGUAUCCCUUGAAGUUUCCGAGAUCCCAAUGGUGAGGGUCGAAUUUAAAAUACCCUGUAUAUGGAAAAUAUUAUUUUUACCCCAGCACAAACAGUCACUCUCCGUGGGCACCCGUGAGAAAAAGCUGUAUCAAAAAAUCUCCAGAAUCCGUUAUUUUGUUUAUUUUUUCAUCAGCUUUGGGUUGGACUUACAUAGCUAGAAUAUAUAUAUAUAUAAAUACUGUUUGUGCAUACACUUCGAGGCUGGGCGACAAGGGAACAGGGAACAAAAACCCUACUAUCCGAGUUUUUUUAAAAGUCAUUUACAAUAAUUUGUACAUUGCUCAUGCAUAAUCACUGCAGACGUUUAUUCAGAAUUCUUACUAUGUAUUUACUUCUUCAACGAUGUGUGGAUUCAUAAUUCUUCGAAUUUAUGUUUAUACUUUAUAUAUGAGAAUUGAAUGGUAAUUACUGAGUAAACCUACUUGACCUUUUUGGGUGCUGUUAUUUUUUCUAGAAAGUGUCCAUGUUUUCCUCUCUAAAUGAAAAUUCAGGCACAUUUGGACAGUUGGACGAAAAAUCCUAGAUUAUUCUGGUUUACAGCAAAUGAACCCCCAACUUUUUCAAAAUUGUCUACUUCGUUAAAAAUUUUACAUUCGAAUAAUUAUAUUACUUGAUUUCGAGCUCAGACAAUUUACUGGAAAAUUAUUUGCUGACUGAUUUGACAGUCAUCAAACAGUCAAAAGUGCGGACGAACAGCGGAUUAGUUGUCGGUUAUCGGUCUGACCUCCCUCAGCCAACUCGUAACGUUCUCAUGUACGCAAUUAAUACAGUCAGCGACGUGUCAGUGACAGCUAACGGCGUAAACUAGGUCAUGACUUGUGACUGACUAUCACUUUGCUGAUUGUCAGCAAACAGACUGUACGAACAAACCAUAAGACGGUGAAUUUACGAAAAACUGAGACAUUCGAAGAAAGUUGCAUCUGGUAGAGCAGAAUAGCCACUCCUCAUAAUUCGAUAGUAUAGUUUAGUAAAGUAUUGAGAUGUACAUUAUGAUAACUAGUUAGUGCUUGAAUAAAUUUCUUCAUUAAAAAAAGCCGAUAAAUAUUUUGUGCCAAAUCUUCAAGGACACACGUUAGUAUAAGUCAUUGGUAUACAUACUUACUUCAAAAAAAGUGAAAAUGCUUAUGAUGAUGGCUAAAAAUCAUUUGGUUAAACUUAUUUCCACGAAUAGACAGUUCUACGUCUACUUUCAAAAUAUAAAAUGACUAGGGCUGAAAUAAAGAACAAUUAAGUUUUACUUCUAUAUAUAUGUAUAAGUUUUGAUUUUAUUUUAUAUAAUUUUAUUGAUCGUUAUACAAUUUUAUUUUAUAAACAGAUUGUUUGUAACCUAAGGAUAAGUGAAAUGUUGCGAGGAUUAUAUAAUAUUAGUAUUUUCAUUUAAUUCUCGUAUGGUUUGAUUUCUACCCUCACCCAUUCACACAGUAAAAGGCACACAAACCAAUGGACAAAUUUCACGCAUCAGUAUGCUAUGUAUAUUUCUUUUGG